AUGUUUAAUCGAUCCUUGUACUGUUUUGCCUUGUUUUCUGUUCGAAAAAAGUUAGGGUUUAGACUCCAAUCCUAUAGAGCUCAUUUAAGAUGUUGCAGCUUCAUUGAAGAAGCAAUUCCUUUGGAAACCACAGAAUGUACGGACGAAACAAUCACUCAGCUCUUAACCCUAGAACCGCCGGAGGAAUCAGGUAAAGACUCGGUCGAAGAGUUGCUUUUGAAAAGCGACGACGUUUCAAGAUUAAUGAAAAUGGAACGCAGGUCUGAUUUGGAUAGUAAAGACCAGUUUAACCAAUCGAGGCGUUGGUUUCCAUAUCUCGAUAAAUUUGAUGCAGGAAGUAUGCAUUUGAGUGGCGGUGAAGUGUUGGAAACGCUCGAUCGGCCUAUUGGUCAGUCUGAUGAACUUUUAAGGCUAUACUCAUAUGUAAGGCAUCAAACAGUGGGGAUUCGUAGUUCAGCCAUUUUAUUCGGUUUGAAAAGCUGUAUUGAGUUGGGUGACUUAGAAUUUGGAAGAGGUAUUCAUACUGAUGCUCUCAAGUUUGGAUUAAAUAUUAGUAAGUUUGUGGGGUCGUCUCUCAUAGGGCUGUAUUCAAGAUGUGGUGAUAUUGAGGAAGCAGCUAAAGCGUUUGAUGAAAUAAUUGAGAAAGAUAUUGUUGCUUAUACGUCUUUGAUUACGGGCUAUGCUCAAGUUGGUGAUCACCGAGCAUAUGAGGCUUUUAGAGUUGCUUAUCAUAUGCAGAAGGAAGAAAUUGAUCCUAAUCGGGUGACACUAGUGAGCUUACUUCAGGCAGCGUCAGAGUUAGGAGCAUUAGAAGAGGGUCAAUCAAUUCAUGGGUAUGCUAUUAGAAGAGGAAUUGGUUGUUCAGAUGAAGUAUUUGAAACAAGUCUGAUGGACAUGUAUAACAAGUGUGGGCCACCAAAUAUGGCGGCCACAUUUUUUGCUAGAAUGGGCUCGAGAACGGUGGGUUCCUGGAAUGCUUUGAUUUCUCGUCAUCUUCAGUUGGGGCAGCCCCUAGAGGCAUUGCAUCUUUUCUUUCAAAUGGUCCAAAGAAAUUAUGAGCUUGAUUUGAUUACUUUAGCAAAUGGGCUUUUGAGUUGUGCUGACUUGGAGAAUUUGCUUGUAGGUAAGAUCAUCCAUGCUUAUAUUGUGCGAACUGGUGCUCAACUUGAUAUUGUUGCUACCACAGCUCUGAUUGAUAUGUAUUUGAAAUGCAACCAUUUAAUCCUGGCCAGGGAAAUCUUCGACAGAAUUGAGGAAAAGGACGUUAUCUCAUUUAAUGUGAUGAUAGCUGGUUAUCUCCAGAAUGGAUUUGCUUGUCAGGCCAUUGAAGUAUUUUAUGAAAUGGUUGGUAUAGGUAUUAGACUGAACCCAGUCACCAUUAUGAGUAUACUUUCUGCAUUAUCCGAUCUAAAAGAUGUAAGACAAGGCAAGUGCAUCCAUGGAUAUGUGUUUAGACGUGGGUUUGGAUCAAACACGGAAAUUGCUAAUCAGAUCAUUUACAUGUACGCAAAAUGUGGUUUUGUACAGUGUGCGAGCCGAAUCUUCAAAAACAUAAAACGUAAGGAUUUGGUGUCAUGGACAUCAAUGAUGAUGGGUUAUUUGCACCAAGGUCAUGCCGAUGAAGCUGUAACCUUGUUCCGGCUAAUGCAAAGAGAAAAUCUGAGUCCCGACUCUGUCACAUUAAUAUGUCUGCUUCAAGCAUUUGCUCAGCUUGGAUUUCUAAAUCUAGCAAAGGAAGUUCAUUGUCUUGUGCAGCGCGUAUCCUUGGACAUAGGGAUACCUGUCAUUAAUUCUCUGAUUACUGCUUACAGCAAAUGUGGAAAAUUAGACAUGUCCAGAGUUUUAUUUGAGCACAUGGCUGGUCGGUGUUUGGUCUCGUGGAACACAAUGAUUGCUGCAUAUGGAAUGCAUGGAAGAUGUGUCCAGGCUCUCAAAUUGUUUGACCAAAUGAAAAAGGAGAAUGUUGUACCUGAUGACUUAACCUUCAGAUCAGUACUUGCCGCCUGUAGUCAUUCUGGCUUGGUAGAAGAGGGUCUGCAUAUUUUUAGAUCCAUGAAAGAAGAGUACUCAAUGAUUCCAUCGGAAGAACAUUAUGGGUGUAUGAUAGACUUACUAAGUAGAGCAGGACGGCUUGAAGAAGCUUAUGAUUUGCUGCGAUGUCUGCCACCAAGACAAAGUGCUUCUGCACUUGGUGCUUUGCUUGCUGCUUGCAGAGUUCAUGGAAAUUCUGAGAUGGGGGAAACUGUGGGAAGGUGGCUUUUGGAUUUGGAGCCUCAAAACCCAAGCACAUAUGGUUUGGUGUCAAAUAUUUAUGCUGGAGGAGAGAAGUGGAAGGAAGCAGCCCAAGUAAGAGCUUUGGCCAAGGAGAGAAGUCUUAAAAGGACUCCUGGCUAUAGCCUGAUAGAUGGUGAAGUGUUGGAAGCGCUUGAUCCGCAUAUAUUGGAUGUGUGGAAGGAGAGGUUUCGGAAUUUGGCAAAGAAUCGGAGCUAUUCGGUGUGUUUGGUGGUCGAGGGAUUGUGUGAUUUCGGGAAUGUUUCUGCAACAUUUUGGUCAGUGGAUGCGCUAGGGUUCCAGUCAGUUCAUGUUGUGCCCUGCGACAGCUCGAAAAGGUACGGAGACAAUCGUCAUGUGAGCAUGGGAGCUGAGAAAUGGUUCGAUAUCGAACUUUGGAACUCUACCGAGCAGUGCUUCAAAGUUUUAAAAUCACGUGGUUAUCGUAUUGCCACAACGCAUGUGGGAAUGGAUGCGGUUUCCAUUUAUGAUAUGGACUGGUCAUGCUCAACAGCAAUAGUUGUUGGAAAUGAAAAUAGUGGGAUAAGCAACGAGGCUCUGGAGUUGUCAGAUCUGCAUUGCAGUAUUCCUAUGAAAGGCAUGGUGGAUUCUUUCAAUGUUUUUGUUGCUGCUGGCAUUCUCAUGCACCAUGCCGUCUGUGACAGGACUUCUCGCUUGGGUUGUCAUGGUGAUCUAACAUUGGACGACAGCCAAACUCUUCUUGAGGAAUUUUAUCUGCAUCACUGCAAGAGUGCAAUUAGUAUUGCCAAAGAGUAUGCGAACAGGAAGUUAACCAGGUUCACGACAAAGCUUUGA